CACCUUAUAAAGAUAAAGUGAGACGAGUCCAUACUGAUGGAUUUAUUCUAGAAGAGAAUCCUAUGAAACCGCCUCUUAUUGAGUGUUCAGAAGAUGCAUCGAAAACUUUGAAAACACUUAAAUUUGAAAAGGAAAAAUCAAUUUCUGAUCGCGUUUUAUCUGCACUUAGAGAUGUGUUGUAUUCAGCACGUAGCCAAGGGUAUGAACCAGAUAGUAAAUUUCUAAAAAGACAUAUUAAAUAUGUAAAAGAAAUUAAUUCCGCAUAUAGUAAAAAUGGAAAGGCCAGAGCUAUUGCAAAGCAUAUUGUCCCAAAUGAGGAUGAGUAUAAUAAAAAGAUUACUAGUUAUCCUGAUUAUUAUAAAGAUGAACUUCUUGCUAGUCUUAAGAAACUCCUUGAUCUAUUUCGUGAAAUAUCAUUAGCACCACCUCCAGCUCCAGUUAAAAAGGAAAAACGAAUCCCUACUAAAGAUGAAUUAAAUGAUUUUAUGGAUGAA